AUGUUGGAAAUUGCGGACAGGCUUCGUGCAUUGGGUGUAUCUCACCCCGCGCUUCUGCCUCAGAUAGUCGUGAUCGGGGACCAGAGUGCUGGAAAGUCAAGCGUUCUCAAGGCCUUGACGGGAUUUCAGCUUCCGCGUUCGGCUACUCGGGGCACUCGCCAUGCCACAGAAAUUGUCUGCCGACGAGAAUCUACAGAGAGCGCAGUGGUGUCCAUCAUCCCACACAACCCAUCUCCAGAGCGUGAGGAGCUCGUCGAAGACUUUCGACGAUCGACGUACAGGAUUCUUUCUGACGAGUUUCCAAAAAUCUUUAAAGAUGCCGCCAAAGUUAUGGGUAUUAAGCUGUCUGAGAAUGAAGGAGACAGAGGCAGCGCUUUUAGCCUGGAUGUCCUCAAGAUCGAAAUCAGCGGUCCAGAUGCUGAUAAUGUCACGGUCAUUGAUGUUCCGGGCAUCUUCGAGACUGCCAUUCCGGGCUUGACGACUGAGUCGGAUAUUGACUUGGUGAAGGAUAUGGUGAAUGGUUACAUUCAUGACAGCCGUACCAUUAUACUCGCCGUGCUUCCUUGCAAUGGCGACAUGAUCAACCAAAAGAUUCUCCAACUUGCAGCUGAAGCUGACCCACCAGGGAAACGGACUCUGGCUAUCCUCACCAAGCCAGAUCUUGCCGUUGAUAAUGCAACCAAGGCGGCUCUCUGCGAUCUCGUCAACGGCGAGCGGCGAGAUUUACCCCUCGGCUACCACGUCGUCGAGACUCUAGGCGCCGGUGACACCUCUGGCAAUAUGGAUAACCGCCAUCAGCAGGAGCUGUCUCUGUUUGAACAAGCUCCAUGGAACACCAUCACAUUCAACAGACUGGGUAUCUCAACACUCCGUGUCCGCAUUAAACGCCUCUCGGUGAACCUAGCUCGCGCAGAGUUCCCAGCUAUCGAGAGUGAGAUUAUGGAGAAUCUCGAAAUGAGUCGGGGGCUUCUCGCCGACAUGGAUCAACGUGCGCAUGUUGGCAAGAUUGCUUCGACAUUCAUGAGAAUCCGAGAGUACCUCUUGACUGCGCACUUUAUAGGCCUAAAAACAAGUUACGAGUGCCCCAAGAUAAGAUUAAUUACUCAAAUCCGUGCAAUCAACGAGGCAUUCUCACGUACCAUGUUUGAGAAGGGACAUGCGAGAGAGUUUUAUACCGAAUCCGAGCAUUUUGUAGCUGAGAACCAGCUAGAAAGCUUUGAAGGUUCUGUGAUGCCCGACGAAUUGCAUCCACCGGGUCGAUCCGUCUUAUAUGAUGAGAAAAUUCACUUCCAAAUUCCAAACCUCGCUGAUGAUGACCUGGGUCGUAUUGUCUCGAACUUAUACUGGUGCCCAAAGCCCAAGGAAGGCGGCAUUCUGGAGUACAUCCAAGAGCAGUAUAUCAAUGCUGGAGGCUUAGGGUGGGGAUCUCCUACCUCUGUAGUACUGCAGGUUGCUUUCAUUGAACAAAGUAGAAAGUGGCGACCCAUUGCGCAUGCGCACGUCUCCAACGCUGUGCUGCUUGUCCAUGACUUCAUACGCCAAACUUUGGAAGACUGUUGCCGUGAUGUUGUUAUCUUUGAGAAGCUCUGGGCAUUCCUUUUGCGCGACCUGGUGAACCGAUAUGCGAGAGCAAUGCGGCAUCUUGACUUUCUGCUAGAUGUUGAGUUUAAGUCUCGAACCAUCCCGUAUGACCUCCACUUUGAAGGAAAAUUCAACCAGCUGAAGCUCAAUGACCAACAGCCUGGCUCACAGCAAUGUGAUGGCACGCUGCCUUGGGGGCAACCAACGUCUUCAUUCGAGGAGAGGAUGAUGACUUUCAAUAACAACCUCCAUACGUACUAUGACCUUGCGCGACACCGUUUUAUGGACGCGGUUUGUCAGCAGGCGGUUGACUACUAUCUGCUGCAUGACAAGGACGGUCCUCUUGCGGUGUUUUCGGACAAUGUGGUCAUGCGGAUGACGGCAGAGCAGCUGGAUAGGAUUAUUGGAGAGGACCUGGCAGUGAAAGAGAAGAGAGAGCGGCUGACCAAGGAGAUCGACACCUUGAGCAAGGCUCUCGCGAUUCUGAGAUGCUGA